GUUUUCAUAUAGGCUUUUACGAUAUUUUAGUUUAGUUUGGAUACUUUUUAUAACUUCUUCUUCUUCUUCUUAUGUCUAUAUAUACACAUAGACACACACAAUGCACCUAUCUCUCCAACUACAUGUGAGUUGAGAAAAUAUAUAGCAUCAAUGGCAAUCAAACACCAAGGAAACAAUUCCCUCUUGAAACAUUGUUGUUCAUCAAGGCGUGUAAUAACCUUGAUACAAAAGGUAACUGCAGAAGUUAUUGGUACAUAUUUUCUAGUGUUUGCUGGGUGUGGUGCUGUAGCAGUAAACAAGAUCCAUGGCUCUAUCACUUUUCCAGGGAUUUGCAUCACUUGGGGGUUGAUUGUAACAGUCAUGUGUUACUCAGUUGGUCAUAUCUCUGGAGGCCUCUUCAACCCUGCUGUUACCAUCACCUGGGCUAUUUUUCGCCGAAUCACGAUUAAAGAGGCUCCUUUGUACAUUCUUGCUCAAUUACUUGGUUCUACACUUGCAAGUGUAACGUUAUCUUUAAUGUUUGACAUCACACCCGAAUCAUAUUUCGGAACUGUACCGGUCGGAUCAAACUGUCAAUCUUUAGUGUUAGAAAUCAUUAUCAGUUUUCUCUUAAUGUUUGUCAUUUCAGCUGUUACUACAGAUGAUAGAGCGGUCGAUGACUCGGCAAGUAUUGCGGUUGGAAUGACAUUAACAUUGAAUCUUUUUAUUGCUGGGCCUGUGUCAGGUGCAUCUAUGAACCCAGCAAGAAGUAUUGGUCCUGCAAUUGUGAUACAUAUUUACAAAGGAUUGUGGAUAUAUAUAGUUGGUCCAAUUAUUGGAGCCAUAGCUGGAGCACUUGCCUAUAACUUUCUAAGAUCAGCAUACAAACCAACUUCAGAGACAAUAGCAGACAAGCCAACUUCAGAAUUAACAACAGACAAGCCAACUUCAGAGAACAUUGUGUAGGUUUGAUUUAAGGGUGCAUAAUCAUUUUCCUUAUUUUGUAGUUGAGUGCUUUGCUUUUGUUUAAUGGAAAUUUUCCUAAUUAGGGUUUUAAACUGCUUUGGUUUGUUAAGAAUGUUUUAAUAAGAAGUGUUUGAGUUUUUGUGUAAUGAAAUUAUUAUGGCAUUCUAUGUUAAAAUA